AACCUGGCGUUAACAGCGUGGUGACGGUCCGUGUUGGAUGAAUGGCGGCGUGUUUACCUCAGUAGUUAGUGUUGGUGUAGGUGAGCUGGUUUACCGGAGAGAUGUCUUGGAGCUCCGCAGCUCAGCGGGGAUGUGUCGGGCUCCUCCGCUGCUGGCCCCUCACAGCUCCCGGCUGCCCUCUGCGCACUUCACGGCUCUUCUCCAUCUCUGUCCCCUGGAAGUGUCCAACAACACGUGAAGAGGUGACCCAGCCUCUGAAGCGGUGGGCUCUGGAGGUGAACCCCUUCAGCACGGUACGGGCACAGCUGGGCUGCAGCAUCUCCGUCCGCCCGCUGGACCCGCACGCCUUCCCGGAGGCUGACCGAGUCUUCAUCGCAGUUCACGGGACAGACACCGAGAAGGAGGUCGGUCUGGAUCACUUACACGUCCAGUAUGAUGACCACAGCAAAGAGCUGCUCAUCUCAGGCAGGGAGGUUAACAGCAGCUUGUUGAUUGAUCUGGCUGCACCUGUUAAAAGUAAUCUCUUCAUCACCACUGAAGGAAAGGGCAACUUGCACGUGAAGAACAUGGAGUGUGAUAUCUGCAAGGUGCAGACAGAGGAGGGCAACUGUCUGCUGCACUCUGUCAAGGGUCACCAUGUUGAAGUCAGAUCUCUUGGAGGACAUGUGACAGGUCUGGGCACUAUCCAUGGGAAUGUGGACAUCAGCACAUGUGGAGACGGUGCUGUUGAUGUGAAGAAGCUCCAGGGUACCACAAUGAAUGUUUCAACAGAAGGUGGCUCUCUGAAGGUCAAAGCCAUCUAUGCUGAGUCCAGCUGUGUGUCCUCCUCCUCUGGCAGGAUAGAACUGGGGCACGUACAUGGUAACGCCACUGUGAAGAAUGUGUCUGGAGAUACAGUUAUUGAUGGUUCAAAUAGUUUCCUGAAGAUUUCCUCUCACAGCGGAGGCAUUGAUGUCUAUGUGGGAGAUGGUGGCAGUGCUGAACUCCACAGUCAGGAGGGAGCAGUGUGUGUCCGUGUCCCCUCCUCGUUGAAAGCUGGGGUGGAGCUCUGUGGAGCGUCGGUGGAUAUCAGCCCAGAGGUUGUGCUGCAUGGAGUAGAAAACAACACAACUGAAGGCCAAACCACAACUACUGGUUACAUAAAUGGAGAGUCUCCAGUGGACAAAUGGGUUAAAGCUCAGGCAGGCCAAGGCUCUGUCAGACUGAAAACACAAAGCUGGUUUGAGUCCCUCAAGUUGGGGAGCUGAGAUAUGAGUCACUCUGAAAGACUGGAUACAUCUUCACUUCAUUGAUUGGAGGACAUACAAUGCAACUGCACAGCAGUGUUUGUGCUGAACUGUCAUUGGUUUUGAAUGUUAGACACUGUCUGCUUUCUCAUAUUUUUCUUUGUUUACUGUGUCAUAUUGUUUGUAAAUAAUAUAAAAGUUUAUCUCUAAAAUGUUUGUUAUUCAUUGAGUCAAAUUCAGUCACAGUUAUGUUCACCUAUGCCUGUGCUGCUGCCACAUUUAAUAAGUUUUACAGAUGACAAAUUGAAAUAAACUAAGCAUUAAUCAAUGAAUGAAAGCACCAGCUUACAACACAUAUUCCACAACCCUCUGCAUAUUUCAAAAGAGCUUUCUUUCAUUUUCACCCUAAAUGAUCAUCAAACUAAGGCUGAGGCUGAUGAGUUCCUCUGGGUAUGCUUGUAGUAUUCACAAUUUUAAACAAAUAAACCAAGUGAAAGUUUUGAGUGUUAUGUAAACAAAAGAUGAACCAAGAUUGUACAAUUACAGAUUUUUAAUUUAAAGUGCAUAAAAAAAUAAAACACUGAGUACACACAGACGCUGCACAGAGAAACCUUUGUUAAUCACAAAAUGUAGAAAUUUAAAAACAAUGCUCUGAAAAUCACACUGAAUGGUGACCGACAUCAGAUAGUUCAAAUUUAAAGUGCUUUGUUCUUCCAUAUGUAUAAAAUAUAAAGUUUACUGACAGAGUCAUGGCUUAGUGCUAACAAUGCUGGGUUAACUUGUGUCAAAGCUGUCACAUUUGGUAAAUAAUUAGUGGUAACCAGCACUAGCCACUGAUUUUCUCUCUGUAAUCUUUGUUCUCUUUUUGUUUUUAAAUCCAACAUGUUCUACAUUCUGGAUCUAAUCCAAGAUUAUAGGACUGAGCCAGUUUCUCAACUUGAGCACCAUAAAAGGAAUAAAUAUGAAAAACUGGAACAUUUUUUAAAAACAUCCACUUUGUUGUUGCAGAGAUUAAAAUUUACGAUCAUUUAGUGUGAUGCAAUACACACAAUUGUGUUAUCAUUGUACAAACACAGGAAGAAAACAAUUACAUUAUUAUAAGCUAGAAAUAAUAAACCUGACCCUGUGGAAA